AUGAACAAAUUUGUGACAAGAGGGUUGCCACCAUCUCUAAGAAGAGAUGAUGGCUCUUCAAAGAUAAGUGAUGUAGAGAUCAACCUUGAGGAUCUAGCUGCAGAUCCUGGACUACGAACUCCGAUAUUGAAUUACCAUCCCGAUAUUCGAGAUCAAAUUCGAAGAGCAUAUUUACUAAAGGGUCCUUGCCAACCUAAAAAAUAUCAUUUUCCUUAUAAGAGUUAUGGGCAAUGCUUACGACGAUUCAACCCAGCAUGGUUUGAUGCCUUUUCUACUUGGUUAGAAUAUAGCAAAGAUAAAGAUGAAGCAUAUUGUCUAUGUUGUUAUCUUUUUAAACCAAAAAUCGGAGAACAAUCGGGUGGUGAUACCUUCGUAAGUGAAGGAUUUUCUAAUUGGAAGAAGGGUUUGGAAAAACUACAAAGCCACAUUGGAGGUCCAAAAAGUGCCCACAACCAAUGUUCGAGUAUGUGCCAAGCAUUAAUGAAACAAAAACAACACAUUCAAUCAAUUUUCUUCAAGCAAUCAGAGAAGACACGAAUUGCAUAUCGAACACGAUUGAUUGCAUCAAUUGAUUGUGUUCGACAUCUUUUGCGACAAGGUCUUGCAUUUCGUGGUGACGAUGAAACCGAGGAUUCAAGCAACCAAGGGAAUUUUCUCGAGACAUUGCGAUUUCUUGCGAAUCAUAAUGAAGACAUUAAUGCGGUUACAUUGCAAAAUGCUCCUGAAAAUCACAAAUUAACGGCACCUAAGAUCCAAAAGGACAUUGUUAAUGCCAUUGCAUUGGAGACUCUCAAUGUUAUUAUCGGAGAUAUUGGUGAUGCUUUUUUUUCUAUUCUAAUUGAUGAAUCUCAGGACAUAUCAACAAAGGAGCAAAUGGCUUGUGUUUUACGGUAUGUGGACAAGAAUGGGCAUGUAGUUGAACGUUUUGUGGGUCUAGUGCAUCUUUCUGAUACCACUUCCAUCUCACUCAAGAAGGCGAUUGAUGCUUUAUUUUCUAGACAUGGGUUGAGCAUUUCUAGAUUACGAGGGCAAGGUUAUGAUGGGGCUAGUAAUAUGCGAGUUGGUGGUUCAUGUAAACGUUGUGAUAUUCUUCGAGAGAAGCAAGCUUCUAUAGUUACCGAGGCACUUAACAAUGGUGAGCUUUCAAGUGGGCAAGGCCUAAAUCAAAACACUUCUCUUAAACGAGCUAGUGAUACACGUUGGGGUUCACAUUAUGACACUUUGAUUAGCGUGACUAUUAUGUUUUCAGCUAUUGUUACUGUACUUGAGACACUUGCAGAGGAUGGGUCAUCAGGAAAAAAAGCACUUCAAAGGAAAGAUCAAGAUAUUGUGGUUGCUAUGUCCUUGGUCAAAUUAAGUAAGGUCCAAUUACAAAGGAUGAGGGAAAGUGGAUGGGAUUCUUUACUCAACGAAGUUUCUUCUUUUUGUGUGAAACAUGACAUUGCUAUUCCUAAUAUGGAUGAUACAUCAAACUUGCAUCAUUAUCGUGUUGAUUUGUUUUAUUCCAUCAUAGAUAUGCAACUUCAAGAGUUAACUAGUCGUUUUUCUGAAAUGAGUUCCGAGUUGUUGCUUUGUGUGGCUUGUUUGUGUCCGGAUGAUUCAUUUUGUGCUUUUGAAAAGCAAAAACUAAUCCGCCUUGCUCAAUUUUAUCCCAAAGAAUUUUCUUCACAUGCUCUCAUGAGACUUAGUGAUCAACUUGAGAAUUAUAUUGCGGAUAUGCGUUCUAAUUGCGAGUUUGAAGGAUUAAAAGGGAUUGGUGACCUUGCGAAAAAAAUGGUGGAAACCAAAAGAGACAAGGUACAUUCACUAGUUUAUUUGCUUGUGACAUUAGCGUUGAUCCUACCAGUUGCAACUGCUAGUGUAGAGAGGGCAUUUUCUGCUAUGAAUAUCGUAAAGAACCGAUUGCGCAACAAAAUGGGAGAUGAAUGGAUGAGUGAUAGCUUGAUAGUAUAUAUUGAAAAGGAGAUAUCUAGUGGCAUGGAUAAUGAAGUUAUCAUACAACGUUUUCAAAAUAUGAAAAGUCGUCGGGGACAAUUGUGAAUGUGCUCAAUGAUUCAAUGAACAAAAAAAAUAUUUUUGCUUAUUAUGAUGAUCUGAAUUGUAAAUGUGUUCAAUGGGAUCCUUUUGUUGUUUUUGGGACGCGUUCCCCUUUUGAACGCCUUUAAUGAAUUUGCUUAAUUAUUAAAAAAAAAAAAAAAAAUUGUUAUUAAAAGGACGCCCCCCUGACAUAAUUUUCCGGGUCCG